AUGGCUGUGUUCAUGUCUUUUUGCCUUCUCCUCCUGUUCCUUAACCAAUCUCUAGCUCUUGACAAUGGUCUUGGCCUAACUCCACAGAUGGGAUGGAACUCCUGGAAUCACUUCCACUGCAAUGUAAGCCAAGAUCUUAUUAAAGCAACUGCAAAAGCUAUGAUAGACAAAGGCCUGGACAAACAUGGCUACCAAUAUGUUAACAUUGAUAACUGCUGGGCUGCCAGCAGUCGUGCUUCAGAUGGUAGUAUAAGGUCCAAUCCAGUUACAUUUCCUGAUAUGAAAGGAUUGAUUGAUUAUGUUCACAGCCUAGGCCUCAAGUUUGGCCUGUACAGUGAUGCUGGUACCAAAACCUGUGCUGACCAUCAGCCUGGUUCUCUAGGAUAUGAGACACAAGAU